UUAAAACUGGCCUUUGAACUGCUUUCUAGAGUUCAAGCAUAGUUUUUUAUAGUCACAAAGUUUCUCCAUACAUACCAAUGAUUGUGUGUGAAUGAAGAGUGCCGAUGCCAAUCAUUGUAGAAAACAGGAAGUGUAUAGUUUUCAUGAUAGAGUCUCUCAAUCUCAUUGCCUUUGAGUCUUGUAACUCAUUUGAGCUUGAGGACUAAUUGCUAAAUAUAAGAUAGAGAUAUUUAAGUCUAUAAAAUAGUAAAGAAUAGUAAAAUAAUGUGAUGGGGCUACCUGUGGUAAACCUAUAAAUAGGAUUAUAAAUAAGAUAAGCUUAAGAUAAUUAAAUUUUAGUCAAACCAUAACACCAUGGACUGUAUGACACAAAGCAUGAUGGGCUACAAACUGCAAAGCAUCAUGGGAUACAUAGUGCAAAGCAUCAUGGGAUACAUAGUGCAAAGCAUCAUGGGAUACAUAGUGCAAAGCAUCAUGGAACAUAGCGCAAAGCAUCAUGGGCUACAUAACGCAAUGUAUUAUGGUACAUAUAACGCAUGACAUAGAAUACAUAGCGUAUGGAAUGGCAGAGUAGAGCAUCAUGGGACAUAGCGCAAAGCAUCACGGGCUACAUAACGCAAUGUAUUAUGGUACAUAUAACGCAUGACAUUGGAUACAUAACGUAAAGCAUCAUAGUCUAUAUAGUGCAAAGCAUCAUGGUCUGUAUGGUGCAAAGCAUCAUAGGCUACACAAAGCAAUAAGUUAUAGUAUGUAUAGCACAAAGCAUCAUGAUCUACGUAACGCAAGGCAUGAUGGGUUAUGUAACGCAAAGCAUGAUGGGUUACGUAAAGCAAGGCAUGAUGGGCUUCCUAGCAAAAAAGAUUAUUAAGACAAUACAUCGCACAAGUUAUAUUUUGAAUCAAAGUAAGAAAGGAAGUCUAUUAAAAGUGACAAAUUCUAUAUUGAACAAGUAAUAUUUUGAAUUAUAAGAAAGGAAGUCUAAAGUGACAAGGCCGUGCAUGGCUACCGCUCUUCAGAUAUUGGUCCUUGAUUGGUAUUCUAAACGUACAUAAUUAUGCAAAUUUACAAAAGGAAUUAUCAAAGCUUAAAACUCUAUGUUGAAGAAGUAAUAUUUUAAAUCAAAGUAAGAAAGGAAGUCUAAAGUGGCGAGACCAUGCAUGGCUACCGUUCUUCAAAUAUUUGUCCUUAUUGAUAUUUCAGACGUUUUUAUGUAGAAAGUUUCUAUGGUUUUGUACACCAAUAUGGCUGCCUUGUCACGUGAGUAAAAACGCUCUAUGCACGUGCAGUAUGUCAGCGGAUGCUUUGAAAUGGCUUCUCUUCAUUCUUGUACGAUUCCAUCAAUCAAAAAGUCCUAACAGAGACGGUCUGCGAAGAUUUUUUUACUUUUUUAUGUAAAGGUUUUUGUAAAUUAUGUUGAUUGCUUCAUUUUAACCCAUGAUCAUAGGCCAUGGGCAAGAAAGCUUUAAUAGUUGUAGAUAAGUUUAUUGAUAUGAUAAAACACAAGGAAAUUCAAGAUAUGUGAAACAAGUUCUGAAAAUUACUUCUUGAAAAUAAAAAUAGUAGUUGUGCCAUUCUUUCGCGGAUGACUUGGUAUGACAAAACAUCUUUUGCACUUGAGCUGGAGUGCCUGUUUUUCCGCAUUGUCGCACUAAUAAAUAACUUCAUAAAGUACUUCCUUGCAAUUGCUUGCUCGCGCUCUGUACAAAAAGUCGUGUUAUAUUCCAAAACUGUUGGAGAAAAUUGAGUUGCAAAAGUCAAGGACUGUUACAAGAAAAUUCGAUCUAAGAGUAUUACAGUUUUAAAUGCGAGUGGAUGAUGGCGAAGCAAGAAGUGAUUACACAGGGUACCCUUCAGAGCUUCAAUUUCCGAAAAUAGAACGAGCACAAGAAAUACCAGACUAUCCCCCACACUCGUACCCAGGCUCUAGCACGGAUCCGCCUGACCGUGAGAAUAAUGCAAGCACCAAAGAGCUUGAAAACGAUUAUACUGAGCAGGGCCCUAGCACGGACAAACUCGGCCGUGAGAAUACUGCAUAUACAAAAGAGCCUGAGAAGAAGUCUACCGAGCCAGGCCCUAGCACGGACAAACUCGGCCGUGAGAAUACCGCAUACACAAAAGAGCCUGAGAAUCAGUCUACUGAGCCAGGUAGAUUUCAUCCUCGUAACCAACCUGUUUACUAUAGUAACAAUGGUCCAUAUGGGAGCUCAGGCGCAUGCGCAGGCCCAUCAGGACGGCCUGAUUACUAUCCUAACCAGCCUGGUUCCACAAGAAAUGGGGCUGUCGCAAUUCCUCUGCCAUGCAGUACUACAUUCUACCAACCGCCAUCAGAUCACUCAUGCUUAAGCUGGUGUGUGCUGUUUGGCUGUGCUUGGAUUGCUUGCUGUUGGCCUUGUGCAAUUGCUGCUGUUCUCGAAUCGCAAAAAACUCGUCGGGACAUCACAGAAGGAAACCUGAUUUCAGCCGUAAAACACAGCAGGAAUGCCCGCAGAUGGGCGAUAUUAACCAUGAGCUUGACUAUUUCUGCUUAUUUGCUUUUCAUGUUGAUAGUUCGGAUUAUGAAUACACGGUAGCAUAAAAGGACAUUUGUUUUACUCUAGAAAAAAGCGCUAAGUGUACGUCUUUUUGUCGCCCGUUAAAAAAAAUUAAAUACUAAAUAAAUAAAUAAUUUCGAGUCCUAAUACAUUCGGCAUAUUUCGGAAUAAGUGUUAAUCAUUAGAGAAGUCAAAUUCUGAUAUUACUUAAUACAGAAAUUUUGUUAAUGUUUUGUCAUCACCACGCACAAGUAGUGAGAGUGAUUUGAUUUAAAAAAAAAACAUUUGUGGUAGUUUUCUCUUGUUGCAACUAGUACUAACUAAAAAGUCAUUUUUCACAAAGUGUCUUUACAAAUAGCUAUAUACACCUAUUCCAAUAAACUUUGUCCUUUGGAGACCUGACAUCUGAAAUCUGAGGCCCGUAACAUGCACGCUUCAAACUUUUAUAUUACACCUGUGUAACAGCCGAAAAACGUAGUUUCGUUUUAGUUGGACCUUCGAUUUGGAAUURUGAUUUUUCGUAUCUUAGCCAGACAACAUAAAAGUAAAAUUAAAGCACAAAAAUUCUCAGAUUGCCCAUCUCAGAUCUCAGACCGACAACGCUUUUUUUAAUACACAUGUAGGUGUAUGUCGAGCAUUAAGAGUGCAAACAAUAAAUCCGUGAAACACUAAUUACUAAAUAGUACAAAAUAGUGCUAAUUAAACAAUAGAAAACAAUGGAAUUUGUAUGAAAUUGUGCUAUUUAGUAUUACUAGAGUUUCACGGAUUUACUGUGGUCACUCUGUCUUUAAAUUUAUGUGAUACACUCGAUUGAAGAAUCGUUAUGGCACCUGGGAAGUACGUUAAUUAGAUGCAUGCUGUGACUGGCGACCCGUGGCAUCAUCCACUGUUUUUAAUACGCGUUUGGCAUUCUAAACCGACUGCAUAGAUGGCGCAAAUGAAUAGAUUAUAAUAUAAUUAUGUCAUUUCCCAUGUGCCAUUUUGGUCUCAGCUCCUAUGUUGUCCGGGGGAAGGAGGGUACUCUUGUCGGGUAGGGAUGUGCCGCUGAGCCCUCUGAACCCUGUCCCUUUUCCAGAGUAAAAAUCGCUGAAGUUCAUACCCUGUUCCAGAGCAAGAUUGCUGUUCCAGAGCGAACGUGAUUUUAUAUACCC